AAAAUAUUUGGUUCACUUACGCUUUCUACUCGCACUUUAUAUUGUAAGACAUUUAAAAUUACUGGCAUUCAUUCACAAUACUUGUUUAUUGAAGGAACGUAUAGUCUAGAAAAAAACUAGAUUUAUUAUCAAAUAAAAAUGAACGUAUUGAUACCUGAAAUAAAAACGAAGAAGAAAAACGUCGAUCUAUUUAGACAGAGCAUGUUUGGAUUAAAUACACCAAUAUCUGAAUGUCGAAGACGAAACAAAUUAGACGAUUUCGAUGGAAUACGGAGCAUUUUGUCACAAAGCAAUAUCGAAGACAAUUGGAUGCCGUAUGUUCAGGAGGAUGGUGGCCUAUUUUAUGUUAUAAUCAAAGAUACAUCUGGUCAUCCAGGAUUUCAUGGAACCAAUAGAUGUUACUUUCAUUCAGAUGUUCAAAGAAAUACAAGACGCUCUCUCUGUGAUAGCUCCAGUCAAAAGAACAAUCAUUCUAAUUCAACUAGCUGUUUAAAACAUGUUCCGAAUAACAACCGCUCUAAAGCAUCUGGUUGUUUAAAACACACAAGUGAUCAUCGACAACGACACCAUACAUGUAGCAAAAACAAUGUCUCUUCUAGUCAUAACUACUGUGAAUGUUUGUGUGAAAGUCAAAAAUGCUUGCCUUUAAAAGAAAUAAGUGAAGAAUGUGACAGUUGCACUAUUGCCAAGGAACUCUGUGAACGUGAUGUAAAUCACAAUUUUUUUCACGGGAACGAACAUUGUUCAUUGAGUAACAACGAAUCAAGUAGUGAUACACAGAGCGAUUCAGAUAAAUCAUCUUUAAGUAGUUCUCCAACAUCCAUAGAUAACUUCACCAAGAAAUCAAAAAAGCCUUUUUCACAAAGGCUAAAUCUAACCCGAUUCCGCUUGAGAUUUCGAUCGGUGAAAUAACUCCAGAUGUUUGUACAUUUUAUAAAAAUCAAAAUGCUAUUUAUUAAAAUAUAUUUAUAUUA